GCCACCGGAAAGAUAAAAAAAUAAUAAUUCUGAGUUUAAAGUCAGAAUUCUGAGAUUAAAGUCAGAAAUCUUAGAUUAACGUCAGAAAUCUUAGAUUAAAGUCAGAAAUUUGAGAUUAAAGUCAGAAUUCUGAGUUUAAAGUCAGAAAUCUUUUUUUGUUUUUUGUUUUUUCGCUGGCCCUAAUCCUCUUCCAUACAUUUUAACAGGGUUGUGUACAAUUUCACCUUGCCCGUUAUCACCUUUACCACAACUGAUGCGUCACAUGAUCAUAUCCUACCCUACCCUAUCUGCACAUUUUCCAGUAAGUAAGUAACACAGGAUGUGUGUGGGCUCCGAAAAACUGAGUCAGUGCUUCAAUGCCAAGAAAACCGUCGAGCUCCAAGUUUUGAGUGUGGAAUUCAUGAUAACCUAGCAGGGUCACACUCAGGUUUGAGCCAAAGGGGGAAGAGACAGGAGGGGAAAAGACUCAUGCAAGACCAGACAGGAUUUGUGACGGAAGCUGACUAUUUAAAUAAGAUCUGUAAAAGGGAUGUGCUAUCUCUUUCAUUCAUUGCCACUGGAGGGGAACCAGAAGUUGAAAAACAAAGUUCAUUUUUCAAGAUGUGCAUCCCUCUGGCCCUGUUGUUCAUCUCUCUAAUGGCAGCUCCUGAGUGCUCAAGUCUUCCAACAAAGACCGACUCCAUCAGAAACAACAUACACAACAUAGUAAACAUUGCUCAGAUAACUCUGGUCCACAUAGACAAACUAAAGAAUAAGACGCCCCUACAGUUAGAGGUCUCCACUCCACCCAUGAAUGGAUUAACUGAUAUCAGCCUCUACCUUGGACAUUUAGAUGACGAGCUGCAAAGCCCCUUCACAAAUCGCCUGAGUCAGAUUCAAGCUGACGUUUCCAGCCUGGACUCAAGGGUGCGCUCUCUUGCCUUAAUGCUGGACUGCCCCAUCCAGGACAAACCGAGUGCGGAGCACAGGGAGCUUUUGUUCCCUGACAGCCAGCACUAUGUGACACUGGCAAAGGUGCAGCACUACCUGGAGAACCUUCCUUCAAAUAAGGAGAAACUUAAGGUUUGCUGACAAGUGCACAUGGAUUUCAAAUGCAAUAUGCUGCAAUGAUGUCAAUAUCAUUGUGACGUGAUGUCUAAACAAUGUUUUUUUUAAAUUUGAUAUAGUUUUUAUAUUUUCUAUGA